AAUUAUACUUAGAAAGACUAAAUCCAAGUUUAUAUGAAGUUUGUGAAACAAGAAGAUGGACAUUCUAGAAAAAAUUGCACUUCCGAUUAGCUUAAUGUAAAUACCCUUACUGUACACCUGUCCGGAUUGUUUUCUGACGAUUUUCAUUGGUUGCUUUCCAUACACUUUCAGCGAGAGCCCAGAAAGUACUGGCAUUGGUAGAUUUUGAAUGGAGCGUUAAGAUUCAAUUGUGUGAACUCGGCGUGAACGUAUGUGGAAGUGUAGCGGACCUGUCUUCGAAAUUUGGUUUUUAGUUUUUAACUUUGUGAGGUUCAAGAAGUGAAAAAUGGAUGACUUUCUCAAAAUAGAAAAGCUCGGCGAAGGUACUUACGGGGUGGUAUACAAAGGUAAGCAUAAAAGAACGGGACAAAUUGUGGCUAUGAAGAAAAUACGCAUAGAAAAUGAGGAUGAAGGGAUUCCUGCUACUGCUAUCAGAGAAAUUUCGUUACUUAAAGAACUUCAACACCCUAAUAUUGUCAGCCUUGAAGAUGUUAUCAUGGAGGAAUCAAGAUUGUAUCUCAUUUUUGAAUUUUUGAGCAUGGACUUAAAAAAGUACAUGGAUACUUUAGGAUCAGGAAAUCUUUUGGAUAAGAAUCAAGUGAAGUCUUACUUAUAUCAGAUUACUCAAGCUAUUUUAUUUUGUCAUCAAAGAAGAAUUUUACACCGUGACUUAAAACCACAGAACUUGCUUAUUGGUAAGAAUGGUACAAUAAAGGUGGCAGAUUUUGGAUUAGGACGUGCUUUUGGGAUUCCUGUGAGAGUCUACACUCAUGAGGUUGUGACGUUGUGGUACAGAGCACCUGAAAUUUUGCUUGGCUCAAAUCGCUAUUCUUGUCCCAUUGAUAUGUGGUCUAUUGGAUGUAUUUUUGCUGAAAUGGUCACAAGAAAACCAUUAUUUCAAGGAGAUUCAGAGAUUGAUCAACUCUUUCGUAUUUUCAGAACCCUAAGGACUCCAACAGAAGAAAUAUGGCCAGGAGUAAGUAAAUUGCCAGAUUAUAAAUCAUCAUUUCCGAAUUGGACACAGAAUACACUUGCAAAUUCUGUUCAAGGAAUGGAUGAGAAAGGACUAGAUUUACUGCAGAAAAUGUUGGAAUAUAAUCCUUCUGAGCGCAUAUCAGCAAAAAGUGCUGUUAAUCAUCCAUACUUUAGUACCCUUGACAAGUCAUCAUUACCAUGUGCUCUCGUGAAGUGAUGUGAAAUGAACGCCUUUUCUCUGUAGCUGAACGUUUCGUCAGCUGUGACUCUCUGCGCGUGUAUGAUCGUCAGCUGUGACUCUGCAUGGGUAUGAGUGUAUACAAGUUCAUCUGCACAUAUUGUACAUUAAAGAUAUCAUAGACUAUAUACUUUAUACAUUUUUUUAAAAAAGUACGUUGUGUAAGUUACUUACUAAGGAUUGAAUGUGGCGUGUUUAGUGUGAAUGUCUAGAGUCUUCAACUACUGUACUUUUUGUGAAAUUCUACCAUACUUGUUAUCAACCUUAAAGAUUUCAUUCUUCAAUACCAAUCUUGCAAACCACUUAUAAUUUGGCAUAUGUUAAUAUUUAAAAUUACAUAUCCAACAAAAAUUUCAAAAACUUUUAUAGAUUUGUUUAUUGUGGCAAUAAUGUGUGUUAAGAAUGUAAGCAGUGUUUUGACUGCUAUAAAUAUUUUAUACUUUGUAUUGAAUGUUAGGUGUUUAUGAACUUGCGAUCCAAUCACUAGGAUAUAGUAAUAGUUUUUAAAAUGCGUUAGGUUAUUUUUCUAUUUUUAUUUAGUAAAUGCAUAAAAGAAUGCUUAUUAUCUUUCUGAAAUAUAUCUUGCACUGUUCCAUCCAGUUUGUGUAUGUACGUGUACCAAAGCAAACAAUAAAGCCUUUUUCUAACACCAACUUUAAUAGGUGUCAUGCUGUUGCUCAAGAUGGGGUAGGGUACUUCCAUAUCAACAUAUAUCCUGUGAACAUACAUAACUUCGCUAGCUCUGCUGGAAUUUGAAAAGAGUGAAAUUGUGAGACUGGCCAACUCUACCUAGGGCCAACCUACUCAUUGGCUGAAGUGACAUGAUUGGAAGCUCAGCAACGUGCAGAGGAGAGGAACUAGUGAUAGUUCAUUGAAGCAAUGAAUCAGUAUAAUUUGAGGGAGAGUGAGCUUUGGGGGCCAAAUGCAUUGUAAAAAUCAAUUUGUGUAGACUUCAUUCUUAUGUCUUGUUGGUCAUAUUAUGUGUCAGAAAUAGGAAAAUUUGGUUGGAUUUUCCAUUUACAACUUAUAAAUUGUUUGUUAAAGUUUGUUGCAAUUCAGUUCUGGCCAUUUCAAGGCAUUGUGUCAUGCAAGCAUUCAUUGCCUGGAAGCUUUUCCUUGCAUGGUGAGCUCUUG